AUGAAAACGGUCAUCGUUCCCUUAGACCGGAGCUUGCUCAUUGUGACAAAUUCUUUUCAGAAUUUCAGAUUCAGAGACCUCACGAAUGGGAUUGGAUGAUACCAAUGCAUUCCAAUGACAAUGUCUCGUCAGUGGUCCCCGGCACAUUCUUGCUCCGGUCCCUCCUCCGCCACCACCGCCGCCGUUCUGCAGCACAUUCCAGUCGCAUACGUAUCUACAACGUACACCGUGUGUUAUGCAUUCAAGCAGAGGUUAUGUACAUAUGUUGUAAGCUGUAACUAGGAGUGGAAGAGGUUAGGUCAGAGAAUAGGAGGUUGGUCGUUGCGCGGUUAUCGAAUAUGGCGAUUAAAUACAUUGGUCGAACAACUACUUUCAAAGGAAAAUCUUUAUGGGAAAUUUUGGGAAAUUUGAAGAAUUACGGAGUUGGCAGAAUGGUUAUCCGUAGCCAGCAUCAAAGAUAUCCUGAGGCGAGUUACAUGAGAAUACUAAAAGUAGCCGCGUUGCCGUUGGUCGGCGAGACAAAUCCAAACAAUAUACGGAAAGUGGUCGCGCUCGUCCAAAGGACGUUUCGCGGUGAAACGACCGCGAAACCUCUUCAGAUAGAUUCGGUAACUUAUAAGGCGGAUUACGUGUUGAUACCGAAGGAUCAGGAGUCACGUUAUUUAAAUGUAUCUAGUCAACGAACUGUGAAACUUAUGCCAAGCAAAACAGAAUUUCCACCUUUGCUGAAGGAGAUUUUAAUUCGAGAAGCAAAACAGGUAAGGUUGAAAUAUCCCGAGGGAGAACCGAAACUACGACUUCGAUACAACUUGAAUGGAGUCAAGAAUUACAAGAUCGCGGAGGACCAAGAAACGCCAACGAUCGACAAUGAAACGUCGAUCCAACCUACUCUGUAUAUGAACGAUGUGGACGAACACAAAAUCGGUUGCAAUAAUGAAUUUUAGAAAUCUUUCAAAAUGUACAUGCAUAAACCGAAUUGUCGAAAUACUAACUUGUCCGCGGUUUACACGAUGGCGCCAUCUUUUGAUUCCAAACGAUUUAUUUUGUUCGCUGCAAUUGCACGACGAUGCGCUUUACAGCGAAGAAAACCGUUAUUAUGCGUCCUCGUCUCGUACUCGUUGCCGAUCCGUAUCGUACCUACAAUUGUUUUGUUCGUUAUCGGAUUUAACUAAUUUCCAAAUAAAUGUAUCAAUAAAAUAUUGAACAAUGUCUACCCGUAA